UUGAGAAGUGGGCCGGAGGUUCUGCUGUUUGAGCCGAGGUUGUCAUUGGGCCUUCAAGCCCGCCCAGUUGCUUCGUCGUCAACCUCGAGAGCUUCAGAUCUAGGAAUCUCCUUGCGUGGCGUGGGGUGUGUACUCUCAGCAGAGCCAUGGCAACGGAGGAAGCAGGAGCUGAGGAGGAGACAUUCUCCGACCCUCCAUCUCCGUCCGCUUCUCUGUCCCCUCCGCCUGCCCGGAGCUUCUUCGACCGGGAGAAGCAUGUCGCGUACCUGGAGAUGAUGUACCAGAUGCUGCCGCACCACUACCAGUCCCAGGAGAUCAACCGCCUCACCCUCGCUUACUUCGUCAUCUCCGGCCUCGACCUCCUCAAUGCCCUCGAUCGUGUCGAUAAGGAUGCGGUUGCCGAAUGGGUUUUAUCUUUGCAAGCUUAUCCAAGGAGGAAAGAUGAACUGCAAAAUGGAGAAUUUUAUGGGUUCCAUGGUUCGAGGAGUUCCCAGUUUCCGUUGGAAGAGAAUGGGGUUUUGAUUCACAAUGGAAGCCACUUGGCGAGCACGUACUGUGCCUUGGCGAUACUUAAAAUUGUUGGUUAUAGUCUAUCAAAUUUGGACUAUGAAGUGAUUUUAAAAUCAAUGAAAAAUCUUCAACAGACCAAUGGGAGCUUUAUGCCCAUCCAUACCGGAGCAGAAACAGAUCUCCGUUUCAUUUAUUGUGCCGCUGCCAUAUGUUUUAUGUUGGGGGAUUGGAGUGGAAUGGAUAGAGAAAAGGCCAAAGACUACAUAUUAAAUUGCCAGUCAUAUGAUGGUGGUUUUGGGUUAAUUCCGGACUCGGAAUCUCAUGGUGGUGCUACAUAUUGUGCUGUUGCAUCUCUCAGACUGAUGGGUUUCAUCCAAGAAAAUGUUUUGCAUGACAAUGAACAAGCUUCAAUAAUUGAUAUCCCCUCGCUGGUGGAUUGGAGCUUGCAGAGGCAGUUCGUUGAUGGUGGCCUCCAAGGUAGACCAAAUAAACCUAGUGACACAUGUUAUGCGUUCUGGCUCGGAGCUACUCUGAGGACUUUGGGUGGUUACUGGCUCAUAGACAAGAGAUCAUUGCGGAGAUUUCUGCUAACGUGUCAGUCUGAGUUUGGUGGCUUCAGUAAAUUCCCAGGAGAUCUACCAGAUCUCUACCACUCCUACUAUGGCAUCACCGCAUUCAGCCUUUUGGAAGAACCAGGCCUGAACCCAUUUCACGUCGAACUCGGGAUAACAGAAAUUGCCUUGAUAGAAUUUGAGUUAACAUUCAGCUAGGUACUCUUCAUUAUUGCAAUUCUCUGAGAUUUUUUUCGGGCUAGUGAGGACCAAAUAUUUGCUCGUGUUAAUCGAAUGAAAAGUAACUGCUGCUGCAAGCCCUGCUGCAUAAUUGUGUGAUUUCGUAGUAUCUCUCGUUAUGUACACAUGAUAGAAGAGACCAAUGAAAGGCAAUUUUCAGUUCCAGAGA